CACUAUCCCUCUUACGUACUGCUGCUGCUCCACUCACCCCUUACUGCACCAACUCAGAAACCACUGCCCAAACACACCACUUUCUCUCUCCUUCUCUCUUGCUCUGUUUCUCCGGGAACCAGAGCAUGGAGCGUAGUUUCAGCUUCUACAUUCUCUCAUUUCUUUGCAUUUUCACUUUUGCAGAUGCGGGCUCAAUCGGAGUAAACUAUGGAAGAAUCGCCGAUAAUCUACCUUCUGCGGUGAAAGUGGUGCAGCUCCUCAAGUCUCAGGGUCUGGAAAGGGUCAAGGUUUUCGACACUGACUCUUCUGUCCUCAGAGCGUUAUCAGGAUCUGGGAUUAAGGUCACAGUCGACCUACCUAACGAGCUCCUCUACUCCGCUGCCAAAACUCAGUCCUUUGCCUUCUCAUGGGUCCAAAGAAAUGUCGCCGCGUAUUACCCUUCCACUCAAGUCGAAGCCAUUGCCGUGGGUAAUGAAGUCUUCGUGGAUCCACACAAAACUACCAAGUUCCUCUUACCUGCCAUGAAAAAUAUCCACCAAGCUCUAGUGAAGCUUAAUCUUCACUCCGCUAUUAAAGUCUCUUCACCAAUAGCACUCAGUGCUCUACAAUCCUCUUACCCGUCCUCAGCCGGAGCAUUCCGAUCCGAAUUAAUUGAACCCGUUUUCAAGCCCAUGUUGGAUUUCCUCCGGGAAACCGGUUCAUUUCUCAUGGUCAAUGCGUACCCGUUUUUUGCCUACGAGUCGAACUCGGAUGUCAUUUCUCUUGACUACGCUUUGUUCAGAGAGAACCCGGGUGUAGUGGAUGCAGGUAAUGGGUUGCGGUACUUCAGCCUCUUUGAUGCUCAAAUCGACGCCGUUUUUGCAGCGUUGUCCGCUUUGAAAUACGACGACAUCAGGAUGGUUGUGACCGAGACUGGAUGGCCCUCAAAGGGAGAUGGGAAUGAGAUAGGUGCUAGCGUAGAAAACGCCGCUGCUUACAACGGCAAUCUUGUCCGUAGGAUCCUCACAGGUGGUGGGACCCCUCUGAGACCCAAGGCAGAUCUCACCGUUUAUCUUUUUGCUCUCUUCAACGAGGACGAAAAGAACGGGCCCACAUCCGAGAGAAAUUACGGCCUCUUUUACCCCAACGAGCAAAAGGUUUAUGAUAUCCCUUUUACUGUGGAGGGCCUCAAGAAUUAUAGGGACCGCCGGUCACCGGUAUCCGGUGGUCAACAGGUGACGACUCCGGUCAGCGGCGGCGUAUCCAAGAGCACUACGGGAAACACGUGGUGCGUGGCGAAUGCUGAGGCCGGUAAAGAGAAGCUGCAGGCGGCACUAGAUUAUGCUUGUGGUGAAGGAGGAGCUGAUUGCCGUCCGAUCCAGCCAGGCGCCACGUGUUACGAUCCUAACACAGUCCAGGCCCACGCGUCUUUCGCCUUUAACAGUUAUUAUCAGAAGAAAGGGCGGGAGAUUGGUACCUGUUAUUUCGGAGGAGCAGCGUUCGUCGUCACACAAGCACCAAAGUACGGGCAGUGCGAGUUUCCCACAGGAUAUUGAAGAAAGAAGAAUGGGAUUUGGCAUUUAACUGAGGAGAUUAGUGGAAAAUGGGAAUGGUUGAAUGUAGUUUUUGGUGCUUUAGUAAAUUUUUUUGGGGGUUGUGAUUGUAUUUAAAGUGCAGAGUAGGUUGAGUUGUUAGAGAGUUAAUUAAACUAGGUAAUAUUCUGUAAUUAUUAAAGUUUAUGUUUCUGUUUCAGUUUCCCAUUUCAAGGUAUCUUCUCAAUAAAUCUAAUGAAUA